AUGCAGUUCCGAGAAUUGCUCCGCCGUGUGGUGAGAGCGAAAGAUAAUUAUUGUUCGGAAUCAUUCACCAUACAGACGAUUGCAUUGUUUGCUGUGGCUGCCUUGUGCGCCGUUUUCGCCAACGCCGAAGAAGCGAAGGCCAAUGCCGAAUCCAGUGACAUGGCGGCCAGCGAGUCCAAGCAUUACGGCAGCCGGUAUGGCGGCUACCGUGGCGGCUAUGGCGGCUACAGCAAGAGCAGCUACGGACGCCGCCACGCUGAGGACGACACCGACCUCGAUGCUGCCGAUGCUGACAUGGCUCUCUCCGAGUCCAGAUACGGGAGCCAUGGUGGAUACAGCCGCGGUGGCUACAAGGGCCACAAGGGAUACAGCCGCCGUCACGCUGAAGAUGACGCCUCCGCCGUCGAAGAGGUCGCCGCUGAUUUGGGCAGCGAGGAAUCCAGAUACAGCAAGAGCCGAGGUGGUUACAGCCACGGUGGCUACAAGGGCCACAAGGGAUACAGCCGCCGUCACGCUGAAGAUGACGCCUCCGCCGUCGAAGAGGUCGCCGCUGAUUUGGGCAGCGAGGAGUCCAGAUACAAGAACCACGGUAGCUCCCGCUAUGGUGGAUACAAGAGCUACAAGGGUUACGGGCGAAAAUACGCUGAAGACGAUGCCUCCGCCGUCGAAGAGGUCGCCUCUGAUUUGGGCAGCGAGGAGUCCAGGCGCGGAAACUACGGCUCACACCGCGGCUAUGGCGGCCACAAGUACGGCUACGGCCGGAAACACGCCGAGGACGACAGCGCCGAUGUUGCCCAAGUGGCGUCCGAUUUGGGCAGCGAGGAGUCCAGACUCUACAGCGGCCUCCACGGUUACGGCCGCAGCUAUGGCGGCUACGGACUCGUCGGCCGCAGCUACGGCGGCUACGGCCACGGCUACGGCUACGGCCACGGCCACGGCGCCUACGGCCACGGCGGCUACGGAUACUUCCGCGGCGGCUAUUUGGUCUAAAUCGAGUCUCAAUAAGGACGCCCUUUUUUGUGAUGAUGGAUUCGGAUAAGGAAAGAAACGAAAGAAAAACAAGAACGAAUGGAUGGAUGAUAACGGAAGUAUCGUCUCGAACACUCGAUUUGAUGGCUCACAAACGGUACCUGUCAGGCUUCAGCAUUCGUGUUUAAAUCGUUGCUGAGAAAUUUAAUUCUUUUUUUUUUCCUUUUAUGCCAACGUUUUAAUUUCUUUUUGUGCGGCUUUCGAGUGUCCGUUUUCGAACUGUCCUGAUGAGGGAACAUGUUCCACAGCGGCUUCUUUUUUUUUUGUGCGGCGAUUGCAGAGCAUUAAAUGCAUGUCUUCAUUGUGGUCUCAACGAA